UUGCCGUGUUUGCCGCCUUUUGCGCGGUUGUAAACAUAUACUUGUCGAUGAGACACAUUGCUCUUUAUAAGAAAAAAAGUUGUCGACUAUUUAUAAUAUAUUUACCGUAUUUUUAGUUGUUUUUAUUUCUUCAUUUUUAACUAGUGAUAAAUCCUUUAAAGUGUUAUUUAUAAAUACAAUAAACUAGCGAGUAGGUGUGUUAAAGUGAAAGAUGCCUCACAAGAACGGUGAAAACGGCAGUGUUAAGGUUAUGGACAACUUUGUACAAAUAGAAAAAAUUGGUGAAGGAACUUAUGGUGUUGUUUAUAAAGCAAAGGAUAAAUUAACUGGAAAAUUAGUUGCCCUCAAGAAAAUUCGUCUCGAAACGGAAAGCGAAGGAGUUCCAUCGACUGCAAUUCGAGAAAUUUCCCUUUUGAAGGAAUUAGCUCAUCCUAAUAUUGUUCAAUUAUUGGACGUCGUACAAGGUGAUAGGCAUCUUUAUCUUGUUUUUGAAUUUUUACAACAGGAUCUCAAAAAAUUGCUGGAAUCUGUGAAACAUGGUCUGGAACAGGCCUUAGUUAAGAGUUAUCUCUGGCAAUUGUUGCAUGCAAUUUUUUACUGUCAUGUGCAUCUAAUUUUGCAUCGUGACUUGAAACCACAAAAUCUUCUCAUCGACAGAGAAGGAAACAUAAAAUUAGCAGAUUUUGGAUUGGCACGAGCAUUUGGAGUUCCAGUGAGAACUUAUACACAUGAAGUGGUCACUUUGUGGUACCGACCACCGGAAAUUUUGUUGGGUACAAAAUUAUACUCGACUGCCGUUGAUAUAUGGAGUCUCGGGUGUAUUUUUGCAGAAAUGGCGACGAAAAGGGCUCUAUUUCCCGGCGAUUCGGAAAUCGAUCAACUUUUUCGAAUAUUUCGAACACUCGGCACACCGGACGAAACUGUUUGGCCUGGUGUCUCACAGCUUCCCGAUUACAAAUCAAUGUUUCCACGUUGGGACGCUCGUAGUUUAGACGAAGUUGUCUCAAACUUUGACGACGAUGCCAAAGAUUUACUUAAAAAAUUAUUAGCAUAUGAUCCAAAUCAAAGAAUCACAGCAAUGAUGGCAUUGCGUCAUCCAUUCUUCAAGAAUGUAAAACUAGUUCCACCACCAUUGCCAAAGAAAGACUGAAACCUCUCGCCCUCAUACAGCAACAAUGAAUUUUAAUUUUUAUAAGGAAUUUUUUUUUCGAUACAGAUGUAAUUUAUAAUUUUCCAUAUUACUUAUAUCGUAUGAUAAACAUUCCUGUAAAUUGUGGAUAUUUUUUUUAGAUACUACAUAUCCUCUGCCUUGACAUGGAAUUAUAUUUUGUAACAUAAUACGCUUUUUAUAAAAGUAACAAUAGUAGUACAGAUAGAAGUAAUAAAGAAUUAUUUACAUUGUA